AUGUCUGAAUCACGAUUAUAUUCUUUCUCUCCAGAGACAAAAGAGAAGCUGCGCAAGUUCCGCUUGGGAACCUCCAGAGCGAAAGAUCCGCAGGCGGUCAUCUACAUCAUCGAUUCCAAGACACAGGAGAUCCGAGCCGAAGAUGGCGAAGUCUACACGAAAAUGGAGGAUCUGGCCGACGAGCUCCCUGAAUCUUCCCCACGCUUCAUUCUUCUGAGUUAUCCCCUGACCCUGGGUUCCGGUCGCCUGACGGUCCCUUACGUCCUUCUCUACUACCUUCCCGAAAAUUGCAACCCAUCCAUGCGAAUGACAUAUGCCGGCGCUGUGGAGUUUAUGCGCAAUACAGCAGAAGUCAAUCGCGUGAUUGAAGUUCAGGAUGAGGACGAUAUACUUUCCAUCGAAUCGAAGCUUCAGGGUUCGGACUAA